AUGUCCGCAACUGAGAGCGUCCCGUCGCGCAUCACGCUCUACGACAUUGCGCAGAAGCCGCCAGUCGAGGCGUCCUGCUGCGCGCCCAACCCGUGGAAGGCCCGGUUCGCGCUCAAUUUCAAGCAGCUGCCGUAUGCCACCACGUGGGUCGGGAUGCUCGACAUUGCCCGGGUGCGGCGGUCGCUCGGCGCGCCGGCGUGCCGGCGCUUCGCCGACGGCGCCGACUUUUACACGCUGCCCGUGGUGCAGGACCCCGCGACCGGCGCCGUCGUCGGCGACUCCUUUGACAUUGCGGCGUACCUCGAGGCGCAGUACCCGGCCGCGGGCGGCAGCGGCGGCGGCUUGUUCCCCGAGCAGCCGCUCGACUUUGCGUUUACCCCAACGGUGGACUUCCCCACGCUGCUCACGCUGCCCAAGGACGCGCGCCACCCGCAGUACGGCCGCUUCAACCUCGCCGUCGACACGCUCUUUACUACGUUUGUGGGCCUCGCGGCGGGCGGCAUGCCGCUGGACCCGGCGACGGCGGAUGAGGUCAAGGCCGAGUUUGCCCGGCGCGUCGGCGCGCAGCCCGGACAGGAGUUUACGCUCGAGGGGGCGGCGCGCCGGGCGAUGCUCGACGGCUUUGAAGAGGCGCUGGGUGGGCUGGACAAGCUGUACAGGGAAAAGGCCGACGGGCCGUUUAUAUUGGGGGCGAGGGUGAGCUAUGCCGACUUCAUCAUCGGCGCGUGGCUGCGCAUGUUUUGCGUCGCCAUGCCGGCGCCGGAGUGGGCGCAGCUUAAGGCAUGGCACGGCGGUACGUUUGGGCGUCUGCACGAUGCGUUGGAUGCAUAUGCCCAGAUUGUAUAA